AAGUCCAAUUAAAAAUGCUGACCUGGAAGUCGCUGGGUGACUCUAUGGCAGGCAUUCUGUUCCAUCCGUGGGCAAGCCACCGCAACGGUGGCCCCAGCAGCUUUAAGGGACACGAUGUUCAGUCGUUGGGAUCGUUUAACCACAGCCAGGAGGAGCAAGUGAAUCCGGAAUACUGCUGCUCCUUGAAUUGGCUGGUGCAGUUGCAGCAGUCAUCGUGUCCACUGAUUGGGCUUAUGGUAAUGGGACUGCUGGUACUGCCCCUCUACAAUGCGCUGCUUGUCCUGGUGGGGUGGCGCCUUAACUGCACUGCUUCGAGCAAUGCGAAGCGCUUGAUUCGGGAAAUCCGACGCGCCAGACCCGUUAAAAGGCAGGCGCCUCUCCCUCCGCUGCCACCACCUCGGAGCCGUCGACGUCAGGCGCCCAAACCUCCGAUUCAGAAACAGUCCGUUUCAGAAUCCAGUAGCUGUUCGAGUCAAAGUAAUCCUUACGGAAGCCUGCAGAACAAUCGAAAACUGGCGGAUGAGUAUCUGCGGCAUAAUUUAAGUUUGGCACUGAAAGGAUUGCAGCAGCCACUGCCGCCUCCGGUACCGCUGCGGCCGUCACCACUUUCCGAACCGGAAGAACUCUCCAUUUUGGAAGCUCCCGAGCCCGGCGGAGACAGCGCGACGCACAAGUCACGUUCCAAGCUGUUAGCCAUUCUGAAGUGUAGCAUUUUUCGUCCCAUUUGGCAGAAAAUUAGGUCCCGGCACAGCCGGAAAAAAUUAAUGAAUUCGGUGGCCCAUACAGUCGCUACCUCGGCAUGCAGCAGAGACAGCAUUUGCAGUUCCAGCACCAUCUCCAGUUCCAGAUCCAAUUGCUUGUACGUCUAUUACGAGCAGAGAGGUGGAUGGGAGGCAGGAGAGCAACUGGCUUCGUCGGAAACCAGUCCAUCCGAUGCGACCCCGGCACACAUCUAAAACCCAAGUAAAUCAAUUUGAUUAUAUAUUUUUGUUACGAUUAAAACCAUGGUGAACUCAA